GAUCAUGAGAGUUGCUGGUAUUUUCAAGACCCCAACCCCAGUUGGAAGUUCCAGAUCUUGUGUUCUUAAUAAAGAUUCACGUUACAUGCAGGAACAUGAUGCCAUGAGGAAGAUCUUAAUCUAUCCCACACCUAUCGUAGUGAACCAAACACUCCGAUACGAUACCAAACAAAGUUCCUCGGUACCGGAUCUCCACGUCUCCAUAUCUCUCUCCAUGUUAUUACAGCUAGCCACGACUCACGAGACUGAGGAUUGAUCAAUUGAUAAUUCAUACCUGCUGGGUCGAUGGGACCAAUGAUCGAUGGCAUCUUAUCCGAAUCGCCGAGAUAUACUAGCAAGGAUGUACGCUGAGUAUCGCGCUAAGAUUAAAGGUCGCGCUUACGCUAUCAAGAAAUUCUUAUGAAAGUUUGGAGAUCUCAAGAACUUUUUUGCGCCCGAUAGCAUUAAACAUAUAUUUUUAAUAUACACAACACAAUACAACAUUUACAAUGGCUUCCGUUUACAAGUCAUUAUCCAAGACCACUGGUCACAAAGAAGAUGGUCCUGCAAAUGGGGUUAAGAAAAAUAAGCAAAGAGUUUUAAUCUUGUCUUCAAGAGGAAUUACUUACAGACAUCGACAUCUCCUCAAUGACCUUGCGUCCCUUCUUCCUCACGGCAAAAAAGAUGCGAAACUCGAUACCAAGUCGAAGCUUUAUCAAUUGAACGAGUUGGCCGAAUUAUAUAAUUGUAAUAAUGUAUUUUUCUUCGAGGCAAGGAAAGGAAAGGAUCUUUACCUGUGGAUGAGCAAGGCACCCAACGGACCUACUGUGAAAAUGCAUAUGCAGAAUUUACACACCAUGGAAGAACUUCAUUUCACCGGAAACUGCCUCAAAGGCUCCCGACCCAUCCUUUCUUUCGAUGCCUCUUUUGAUAAGGAACCUCAUCUCCGCGUUCUGAAAGAACUAUUCCUCCAUAUCUUCGGUGUACCAAAGGGUGCAAGAAAAUCGAAACCUUUCAUUGAUCAUGUUAUGGGAUUCACAUUGGCAGAUGGCAAAAUCUGGAUUCGAAACUAUCAAAUCAGCGAGACGGAACCAUCGAAAGUGAAGGGCGCUGAAGAAGAAACUUCCACGAAAUCUAAAUCGAAGAGCUCGGGAGCCAGCGAGACGGAAUGCAACUUGGUGGAGAUUGGACCAAGAUUCGUGUUGACACCUAUUGUCAUUCAAGAGGGAAGUUUUGGUGGACCAAUCAUCUACGAAAACAAGGAGUUCGUGUCGCCCAACCAAGUCAGAAGCGAGAUCAGAAAGAAGAAGGCAGGAAGAUAUAAUGCAAGGGCUGAACAGGGUAUUGAGAGACUGGCAAAGAAGGGAGAAUUGGGACUCAGAACGAGUGGAGGAAGACAGGCGCCAAAGGAUGCCCUGGAUAAUGCCGAGUUGUUUGCUUAGACUGAGAAGAUUCCCUAAUGGCGUUUGGUGCAUGGAAAAUAUGUAUAAGGGAGAAAUUAAGAGAAAAGUCUACUUCUUGCGAAACUUGGAACGGCUAACUGCUCAUUUGCGGUGUGUGUAAAGAACCAAUACUAAAUCCUCAUAGUGUGACACAAACUAUACACGC